AAGAAAAAUGUUGGAAAAAUAAAUUUCGAAAAAUUUUAAAAUCAAAAAUUUCUAAAAGGAUUCGAAUGUUUUUUUUCAAAAUUUUUUUUAAUAUUUAUAUAUAGUAGGACUAAAAAUGUUUUACCUCUUUAAUGAACUAUUUGGAUCAUUUUAUUUUUUUUUACUUAUAAAAACCUUUCGGAAGUGUUUUUUUAACACAAACUUUUAUAUUAUUUUAGAAGUCCAACGGGUUUAAGCGGUUACAUCCGGUGAUAAACUCGACAAUAAGACGAUAAAAGAGAAACAUUACAACAAGACGAAAAAUAGGCAAAAUAGAGAAUAAUUGAUUAACGCCAAAUCAUAAAAACCAUGAUACCCUAAAUUAUCAGAAUAAUUGAUUAGCAACAAAUCAUAUGAUUAAUUCAAAUCAAUAAAGAAUAGUAUUUCUUAAACUAAUGACUCAUCCUUGAAUAGUGGAGAAACAUGAUAAAUCAGAAAAUAACUUCCUAAAUAAUAGUAUAAAUUUAAGUUUAUUAAAGUUAUUAAUGACAUUAACUACUCUAAGAAUAAUAAUUAACAUGAGGGUGAUACCUAAAACUUAUCAAAUUAUAGUAUAGAAAGAUAGAUCUAUUAUGAUAUUUUAUGAUUCAAUUAUGUCUAAUUACAGAAUUUUUAAUAAAAUCAUUUAUUCACUUUAGUAAGAAUAAGUAAAUGAUCAAAUCAACAAUUUUAAUUUAAUUAUUUUAAGAUACACCAUUAUAAACUGAGAUGUCAUAGAUUUUUUUUUUGGGGGGGGGGGAGAGAAAUAACUAAGAAUCUAACAGUAUUAAAUUAUAUUUAUUUACUAGGAUUUUGUGCACAUUCAUAUUUUAUUUAUAUUUGUUCCAUGAUAUUACCUUUUUUAUUUAGAGUUUGUAGAAUUCACCACCAAGAAGCAAUGGAAGACUUACAACUAUCUCUGUCACGACAACUUGACCUAGAUCAUGCCGGAAACAGCACAACAACCAUUCCUUUCGAUCUCAUCAUCGAUAUAUUCUCUCUACUUCCUGCAAAAUCGCUCAUCCGAUUCCUAUCCGUGUCGAAGCUGUGGUUCUCUACCAUCCGCAGCAAAACUUUUGUGGAUAUGUUCCUUACUAGGUCAAUGACUCGGCCUCGUCUCCUUUUCACGUUCUAUCACAUAGAGUCCCGGAGGAAUUUCAUCUUCUCGGCUCCUGAAUACGAAUACAGCGACGAUGGUAAAUAUUUCUCCAGUGCCAUGGCAAGAUACGACAUGACGAUCUCGGAUCUCGACCACUACAGGUUCUGUGGUUCUGUCAACGGUUUCAUCUGCUUUAUAAGUGGCGUUUCGGGCCCUUUUUGUAAUUGGAUCCCCCCUUUUAGUUCGAUCACCGUUUAUAAUCCCACCACUAGACAGCUUGUGAAGCUGCCAGACUUUACAUCCAACGGAAGAUACGUGUACGCAUGUCUUGGGUACGAUCCAGUCGAAGAUCAGUACAAGGUGUUGUGUGUGAUGAUGUUCGGCCCUGGAAGCCAAGAUAUCCAACAGGAGCAUUUCGUUUGCACUCUGAGUUCAUUUCAGCAACAAGAGUGGAGAAAGAUCGAGAACCCGACCGGAGAUAAUUACCGCAGUGUCUUCUUCGAACGGAUAUGCAUCGAUGGUGCCUUAUACUACGGAGCUGAUGAGUCAAGAAUUGUUAGAUUCGAUGUUAGAUCAGAGAAGAUUGAGUUUAUUAAAACACCACAUAUCUGGACAUCAUACCAUUCCGCUCUUAUAAAUUACAAUGGUAAAUUGGGAGUUUUAGAACGUUCUUGCACAACAAAUAUGAUGACAUUGUCGGUUCUUGAGGAUGCUGAGAAAUAAGAAUGGUCGAGCAUGACAUAUGCCUUACCUAUUGGGUGGGACGCUCUACUUGGGUAUGCAAUGACUGAAGGAGAAAUCCAUGGGAGCCAUAUGGUGUUUUGUCCACCAUUUAAUGUUUUGUAUUAUGAUUUUGAUAUAGAUUGUAUAUGUACAGUCAGGAUCCGAGGAAUAGAGCACUACAAGAAAACAGCGACAUACUGAGGGAAAAAAUCGUCGGUAUGUCGUCGGAAUAACGCUAUUCCGACGACAUACCGACGAAAA